AUGAAGAAAUUUGGAUUGGAGAAUUCUAGUCACAAAAGGACUCAUGCUCCUACUCACUUGAAGUUAUCUAAAGAUGAAAAGGGCAUAAGUGUUUAUCAGAGUUUAUAUAGAAGGAUGAUUGGUAGCCUUCUAUACCUUACAGCAAGCAGACCAGAUAUAACUUUUGUUGUUGGAGUUUGUGCUAGAUAUCAGGUAGAACCCAAAGUGAAUCACAUUAGUCAAGUAAAAAGGAAUCUGAAGGAUGUGAAUGGCACACGUGAUUAUGGAAUGUUGUAUUCUCAUGAUUCAAAUUCCAUAUUAGUGGGGUAUUGUGAUGCUGAUUGGGCAAGUAGUGCUGAUGAAAAGAAGAUUACCUAUGAAGGAUGUUUCUUUUUGGGAAACAACUUGAUUUCAUGGUUCACCAAGAAACUGAACUGUGUAUCCAUAUCUACUGCUGAAGAUGAGUACAUAAAACAAUCUUCACCCAAGCACAUGCACGUCCCAACUGAAACCAGUGGAUCAUCUUCCCGAACUGUUAGGGCAAAUGAACCAUUCCAAAUGAUCAAUCUGGAUGAUCUGGUCUUGGAUGUUUCUCCCUUAUCCCCGAUUCAUCCACCCCCUCAGAAGAAAGCUACGCCAUUCGUGUCAAAGAAUGUCAAGACUACUGAAACUAGCCCUGAUAAUGAUUCUAGUGAAAAAGUUGAGGAAAGCGUUCCUGAACAUGCUGCUCUUGAAAGAAGGAGUAAGAAGAAGGUUGAUGAGUGUAUCUUUGAGCAUGCUGCUCAUGAGAGAAGAAGUAAAAAGAAAGCUAAUCAUGAUGUCAAUGUUGAUGAACUAACUUCUGAUAAGGAACCUCUUACCAAUAUUGUGACUCCUGGUAUAGCCAAGAGACUUCAGAGACGAAAAAGAAAGGCAAUGGUGUUUGAAGAUUCUCCCUCCAAGGAGAUAAAAAGAAAAUUUGGUGGUUUAAAAAGCACUCCCUCUAGAAGUUCCAUAGGAAAAUCUCAUAUUGGUCCUACUAGAUCAUGGAGUAAAGUUGUUACUCCUACUAGGAAGAGGAAAGUUGUCUCUUUUAGUGAUUCUGAGUUUGAGGUUGAAAAGGAUGUCCAAGACAUCACGCAUGUAAAAAGAUCUGCUACCAAGAAGCCUCAUGCUUCUGUGCCCGAGGUUCCACUGGAAAAUGUGUCUUUACAUUAUAUGAAGAAUGUUGAAAGGUGUAAGUAUGUUAUUUCAAAGGAGGGUAGCUUUGGAGAGGGAAUUGGUCUAGUCAAGGAGUUUAUGGUGACUAUUCCUGAUGGGUGUGAUGAUGUGAAAAGUGCCGACUAUAGGAAGGUGUAUGUUAGAGGAAAUGUCGUGACAUUUUCUCCAACUAUUGACAACAAAUUUUUGGGAAGAAUAGAAGAACCUCAGGAUGAGCUAGAGGUUACAUAUGACCAAGUGUGCAAGGAGAUAUUUGCCAAACAGGUGAGACACUGGCUAAACAAAGGGAAGCUAUCUGCUGGAAAGCUAAGUGUCAAAUAUGAUAUCCUUCAUAGGAUUGGGACUGCCAACUAG